AUGCCAACGAAACUCCAAAAGUCACUCCUGGCUUACCUCUCUAAGAUCAAAAACCCUACUCCUCCUAAUUCCUUGUCAUCUUCUAAGAACUGGGUUUUAUCAGGCUGUAAAAACCCCAAGACCCCUUCAUUUGCCACUGAUCGUAGCCUAAACGAGGGACACGAAAUGGAUGGUGCAGCAACGCUCUCCGAUAUUGAUCGCUUCCUCUUUGAGAAUUUUAAGUCUCUUUAUAUCAGAAAUGAAGAUCAUCGCCAAAAGAAGAAAGGUGAAGAAGAGGAAGAAGAAGAAAAAGGAGGAGGAGGUGAUGGAGAUUAUGAUAACCGAGUUCGAGGUCCUCACGGGGUAUUGUAUCACGAUCAUUAUGAUUCCCCUAGAUUCUUCGAAAUAACACCGGACCUCUGUUGGUGGCACCGGUUCUUCGUCACCGCCGGUUCGUCCAGCUUGCUCAUCGAAGAGGCCCGGUUGAGUCUAACCGUCACCUCCGAGGAAGGGGAAUCAAGCUCAAGCUCAACCAGCAAUACCAUAAUUGACUCUGCGAGAAGUUGUUCUAAUAACACCGACAUAAAGAACAUAAACGUUGCACUUCCUGACGACUGUAUCACAGUGAUAAAGUACUCUCGAAGCCCAAAUGAAGAUUUUCAGCAGUCCAUGCAGGAAAUGGUGGAAGCAAGAUUACAAAGGAAGGGGAAGGUUGAUUGGGAUUUAAUGCAAGAACUUCUAUUCUGUUACUUGGACUUAAAUGAGAAGAAGUCACAUAAGUUCAUAUUGAGUGCUUUAGUGGAUCUUGUUGUGGGUUUGCGUCAAAGUUCAGGCGAAGUUCCGGCGAAGCCACGGAGAUGUUACCUGAUUCACUAG